UUUGUAAGCGAGCAGAGAGUCCAGGCAGAGACUAGUCUGAGCGCGGGGAGAAGUUUUGAGAAGAAAGCCAUGAAGUCCUGCUUUCAAAAGGAAAAUUCUAGAUCCAGUAUUUGGGGUUGGAGAGAAUGGAAGGGAUUCCCUGGAUUGUUGACCUCAAUCCCACUGAACACUUGAUGGAUGUGCCAGAAUGACCAAUACAACCAGACUUACCAGCUUCCAAAAUGCUGGUUGAGGAAUGAGAUGCCAUCCUACGGCAGCUGGUGAUGAUGACCAUAGGCAGGUUCCAACUUGUUGUGGUUAAAACUCUGUGGUGAGGAUAAUCCAGGAUCUCCAGACCUCUCAGUCGUUGAUAAGAUUACAAGGUCUCAGAUGAAAUAGAGACAUGAGCAAAGGUUUGAAGGCCAGGGAGGAGCCAGUCAGGACUGAGGUGGCAGCGUGUGUUGGUGAGGCCACCAAUGAAAACCCCCGAGCAGGAAGUAGAAGUCCGGAAGAGACGUGGCACAUAAACACAUAGAGGAAGCAGACAGCUCAGGUUUAUGAUGACAUCCUCUGUAGCAACUUUCAUUGGGAAUUUGGGGAGACACCUUAAAUGACAGCAUUGUAGCAGUACUUGAAACAAACGACUCUUCUUUAAUGUCAGCGUGACAGCUAACAAGCGCAUGCGACUAUGGGUCUGUGCAAGUGUCCGAAGAGGAAGGUGACCAACCUGUUCUGCUUCGAGCAUCGUGUGAACGUGUGUGAACAUUGCCUCGUUUCCAACCACAACAAGUGCAUCGUCCAGUCUUAUCUGCAGUGGCUUCAGGACAGCGAUUACAACUCAAACUGUGCUCUGUGCAAUAAUCCGCUGACCACACACGACACAGUCAGACUGAUCUGCUAUGAUGUUUUCCACUGGGCGUGUCUGAAUAACUUGGCGUCUCGGCUGCCGCUCCACACGGCCCCAGCGGGGUACCAGUGCCCCUCCUGUCAGGGCCCAGUGUUCCCACCCUCUAAUCUGGCCAGCCCAGUGGCUGAUGUGCUGAGAGAGCAGCUCUCGUCUGUGAACUGGGCUCGAGCUGGUUUAGGGUUGCCAUUGAUUGAAGAGCCCGUCGGGGUUCUUGAAGAAAUAACAGCCGAUGUUUCUGACUAUACAGACUGGUCAACAUUUGAUGGACAAGAACAAAGUGGCGUUUAUUCCAGUCACUCCUAUAACUCUAGCCUCAGCCCGCCUGCUGCCUCGCCUCCGACACAAGAAAAUGUUGGCGGACCUCAUAAAAACGGGGAUCCAAAUAUGCCAGAGCAUUCUGUGGUCAACUUUCCUGCUGCUUCCACCAGUGACACCAUCACAUUACACACAGCGUCCUCGCCGAGAAAGGUCUACGACACACGGGACGUUCACGGCUCUGUCACGCAGAUCGACUUUGACGACGACAAGUACCGGCGGCGACCGGCGCUCAGCUGGUUCGCACGAAUUUUAAAAAAUCGUACCGGAGGAAAGAAGGCAGCUCUGUCCUGGAAGCAGCGUGUCUUCAUGCUCCUUUUGGUGGGAGUUCUGGGAUUCUUCACGCUGAUCAUCAUCAUGGCGAAACUCGGGCGCGCCUCGGCCGGCUCAGACCCAAACCUAGAUCCUCUUCUUAACCCCAACAUCCGUGUGGGGAAAAACUGAGGAACAGCAGCGAUUUGUUGUUUGGUCUGAAAAGAAACUGACGCACAGACUGCCCACCAGAGGGAGCUCUUCACCCAACUCCUAAGGGGACGUUCCUCAGACUGUAAAGAAGCAGUUCUCCCACGGUUCAGCCGGUUCUGUUGAUCCAGGUGAGACACAGAACCUAUAAAGGCGACCCCGGGGCUCCACGCAGUUACACAAUUUAUCCAAAUGUUGUUGUUUUUGGUGACGAGGGGCAAUACUUUAUAUUCAGCUAACAUUUCCCUGUGAUCUUUGUAAGUUAAUUUCUGUUUAGAUUUUAUGUGGAAGCAUUGCUAAUGUUUGAAUAAACUUCAACUGUCUGCAUUACAAACUGAUUGACUCUGUCGCCACGAGACCUGGAGUCAAACUUACCCGACACAUCCUACGUUCCUACGUUCCUACGACUAGAACGAUCUGCCUUUCCUCUGCAAAUUGAGUGCUUUGCUUUCAGAUUUGGCAUUCAUACUGUACGUAUAUUUUCCUGGUUGUUGUUUUUUUUUUUCUUUGAGUGUCCAUUAAAUUGGAAUCCCCUUAAAAUGACA